CGCCUUUCCUCGGGGAAUGGGCAAACCCUUCCCACCGCCUGCGCGGGCGCCGCCGCGGGUUGCCGGGCCGCCGCCAACACGCCACCCUCGGGGACAGCGGUGGGAAAACGAGCUCCUCCCAGGUCCCGCCCCACUGCACACACACAGACCUCAUGCCGCUCUCUCUCCUGGUUUCCACCCGCGCCAGGUGAUGCGCAGAGCUGAAACCAUGGUUCAUCAGGUGCUCUACCGGGCGCUGGUCUCCACCAAGUGGCUGGCGGAGUCGGUUCGGGCUGGCAAGCUGGGGCCCGGCCUGCGGGUGCUGGACGCGUCCUGGUACUCGCCGGGCACCCGCGAGGCCCGCAAGGAGUACCUGGAGCGGCAUGUGCCCGGCGCCUCCUUCUUUGAUAUGGAGGAGUGCCGGAACACGGCGUCGCCCUACGAGAUGAUGCUGCCCAGCGAGGCCCACUUCGCCGACUACGUGGGCCGCCUGGGCAUCGGCAACCAGACGCACGUGGUGGUGUAUGACGGUGACAACCUGGGCUGCUUCUAUGCGCCGCGGGUCUGGUGGAUGUUCCGUGUGUUUGGCCACCGCACCGUGUCCGUGCUCAAUGGCGGCUUCCGGAACUGGCUGAAGGAGGGCCACCCGGUGACAUCUGAGCCCUCGCGCCCAGAGCCGGCCGUCUUCAAAGCCACCCUGGACCGCUCCCUGCUCAAGACCUACGAGCAGGUGCUGGAGAACCUCGAGUCUAAGAGGUUCCAGCUGGUGGAUUCACGGUCCCAAGGACGGUACCUGGGCACUGAGCCAGAGCCAGAUGCAGUAGGACUGGACUCCGGCCACAUCCGAGGCUCAGUCAACAUGCCAUUCAUGGACUUCUUGACCGAGGACGGCUUCGAGAAGAGCCUGGAGGAGCUGCGUGCUAUGUUCGAGGCCAAGAAGGUGAACCUAGCGCAGCCCCUCAUCGCCACGUGCCGGAAGGGGGUCACCGCCUGCCACGUCGCCCUGGCCGCCUACCUCUGCGGCAAGCCCGACGUGGCCGUCUACGAUGGCUCCUGGUUCGAGUGGUUCCACCGGGCACCCCCGGAGACCCGUGUGUCCCAGUGGAAGCGCGAGAAGGCCUGAGCAGGGUCCUUGUCGCCGGCUGGCAGCUCCCAUCUGUUUAGUGACCGCAGCCUGACAUGCAGCUCGUAUCUCUUUAGCAAAGGAGACUGACCAGGUUUUAAAAUUGCUGUGUAAAGCCCUCCUUUCCCCCCAGACACUGGAAUAAACUGCCUUUUCUGAAUA